CCAUACCCAUUCAUACCCAUACCCAUACCCAUACCCAUACCCAUACCCUUACUCAAUACUUUCCACCAUCACAACACACUUUUUAUCUUGUAAUGAAUUUACAAACAUUCAUACCAAGGGCUUCAACGAAGAAUGUUUAUUAUUCUCAAGGCGCAAACAUCGAAUCCAAAGCCAACAUAAUAUCAUCCAAACAGUGAAUUUGUUCAUCUCCACUCUCGCGUGCUAUUUUCGACGUGAGUGAGGGCCAGGCCAGGAUCCACCGAUAUCGACAACCUUGAAUAUAAUCCUAUAACCCCGCCAAAUAAUCAUCGUGAAACAGGAACUUAGUCCACAAACCACGAAAAGCUCAUGCUUCAAUGAGAUCCUCCAUCUGCCAGAGAAUUAUACCUCGAACAGCUUCUCUCUCCACCCUUUAGACUCCCGCCUGGGUCAUCCCACACCGACCAUGGUCUCUUAUCCGCCCUCCUCAGCCGACCGGCAAAGCAGUUCAAGAUCGGCCGGUGCGAAUGGGAGUGCGAAGUCAGAAAGGACUCCAGGGACACCGCGAAGAGAAAGGAAGGAAAAGGCUGUGCAGGAUCCGGGCCUCAAAGACUACGUACAUACCCGAGGUUUUCAAAAGAAAUACACCUACUUAUAAAUAUUCAGCGUUUAGGAGAAUGUCUCGGGAAGGGAGCUUUUGGUUCGGUCUACAAGGCGUUCAAUUGGGGUACAGGGGAAGCUGUGGCUGUGAAGCAAAUCAAGCUGGGAGACCUUCCGAAGAGCGAAUUGCGGAUGAUUGAGGUAAAAACCUAUGCUGAGACGACUCAACCACGGACUAAUAUUAUGCGCAGGCCGAAAUAGAUCUUCUCAAAAAUCUGAAUGUAGGUCUACAUUGGAAUGAGUGAGGGACCAAACCAUUUGAGCUGACAUUCUUAGCAUGACAAUAUUGUCAAGUAUCUUGGUUUCGUUAAGUCUUCUGAUUGCUUGAACAUAAUUCUGGAGUAAGACAUCUUGUGUUUUUGUUUCUUCACCACAUUGUACUGACUAUUGGCGAAGGUAUUGUGAAAACGGUUCAUUACACUCGAUAUGCAAAAGUUAUGGGAAAUUCCCCGAAAACCUGGUUGGCGUUUACAUGGGACAAAUUCUUCUAGGUCUACAAUAUCUUCACGAUCAGGGUGUUAUUCAUAGGGACAUAAAGGGCGCGAAUAUUUUAACAACUAAAGAUGGCAAGGUUAAGCUUGCGGAUUUUGGUGUGUCUACCAGCACUCUUGCUGGAGCAGAUAAGGAAGCACAGGUCGUUGGGACGCCUUACUGGAUGGCGCCUGAAAUCAUACAACUUUCCGGUGCAACUCCUGCGUCUGAUAUUUGGAGUUUGGGUUGCACAGUAAUAGAACUGCUUGAGGGUAAGCCACCGUAUCACAAAUUGGCUCCCAUGCCUGCCUUGUUUGCUAUUGUCAAUGAUGACCACCCUCCUUUGCCUGAAGGAGUAUCGCCAGUAGGUCGACAUUCGCAACUCUUUCUGAAGGUAGCCUGAGCUAAACACUUUUUAGGCAGCAAGAGAUUUUCUCAUCCAAUGUUUUCAAAAAGACCCAAACCUGCGAGUUUCUGCUCGGAAACUGUUGAAACAUGCUUGGAUUGUGGGCUCCCGGAGGACUGAUGCUCCUGUUGCAAAGCCGCCGGCAAACUUCAAUGAAGCGGUCGAAGAGGUAAAGCAGUGGAAUGAAGCUCUGAAAUCACCUGCAGCUGCCGGAUCGUUUCGUACUUCUACAAGGUCGCAGCAGCUUGGCAGCCCUUUACCAGCCCGUCGAGACCCUCCUCUAAGAAGUAUUCACAAUGAGUCGCAAAGCAAUAAUAUCAUCACACCUCCCAAGGGCCGCCUCUCUAUGUCAAAACCAAAAAGUUUGGCGAGUUCUUUUAGGUCUCCAGAAACUGCAGGUAAGCGAGUCCCACUAGGAAAUUUCAAAAAUUCCUUGUGGAAGCUGACUGUUGAAGCGGAUGAUAAUUGGGAUGAUGAUUUCGCCUCUUCUAUUACUCCAAGCGCGCUUCAACUUCCGCAUCUGAAACCUCAUGACAAUUUUGGGGGUCUACUUUCCGCCGAUCGCCUCAAGUCUUUCGCAUCGUUUGAGUUUGCAAAUGAUGAAGCUGAUAAUUGGGACAAUAACUUUGAGGGUGAUCUCGUAACGAUCAAGGGCCCAAAUACCCAUGUCGAGACGGAUGGCCAUGAAUUGGAGACCAUUCGACCUUAUAGAAUCAAAGCCCCCUCUGACAUCGACUUUGAAGAAGAUAUCUCUCCUAGAAGUUAUUCGAGGAAGCCGUCUAUACCUCCUCCCCGACCGAAGUCUCCAGUUAAGGCUCGGGCGGAAGGAAAAUUUGCCUUACCUUUAAGACCAGCGAUAAUGUAUCGCGAGAAUACCGUGGAGGAUUAUUCAGACUUGUUCGUUGACAAUGAUAGUGUUUUUGAUAAAAGAUUGGAUAUAAUCAAAGUCAGUAUUCUUUAUUAAAUUUCAUAAUCAUUACUGACUCUGAAUGGCUCUAGGAUGAUGCUCUUUCUCCGAAACUAUUCCACCCAUCUGACCUAACAAGCAUUCCGCGUUCUGCACAAUCUCCUACUACAAAUGGAGGUAGCAGUUUGCGGAGAAAAACCACACCAAAUUCUCAUGAAAACCAUAUCCAUCGGACAAACUCUUCGGUUGAGAUACAAAAGUAUGCGGAAAAUGAGGACGACGAAGACUUUUCAGAUAUCUUUGAUCCAAGAAGCGCUGUAGUUCCAAGGGUCGAGAGUGAUAAGAGCUCGGAAGAAGCAUUAAUGAUCAACUCAAAGCUCUCGAAUAAUUCCUGGCUUGGAGAUGAGGAUGAUGAAGAUGACCCUUUUGCCUCGCUGGAGCAAGGUUUCGAUGAGAUGGAUUUGCAAGCCAACAUUGCCAGAGACAAACAUGCUCGGCUGUGCGCAUCGGUCGAAGGAUUAGUGAGCUCAUUGAAAGCAACACAAGCUGAGGAUGUUUUAUCGGAAUUAUCGGAACAGCUGGUAUGUCUUAACUUCAUUGUGGUAAUUCUGUACUAAUCAAAGAUUUAGCUUGAUGUUUUAUAUGAGUCUGAAGAUGCAAAGGGCUUGAUAAUCAGUGCUCAUGGAAUGCUUCCAAUUCUGGAGAUACUGGAACCCUGUAACUUGAAAAGUCGUCAAAGUAUGAUAUUGAGAUUACUGAAGGUUGUCAACGCCAUCAUUUCGAACGAUGUCGAGAUUCAAGAAAACUUAUGCUUCGUUGGAGGAAUUCCCAUCAUUACAAAGUUUGCUGUUAGGCAAUACUCAAAUGAGAUACGUCUUGAGGCAGCUGCUUUUGUAAGACAAAUGUACCAAACCUCUACAUUGACACUUCAAAUGUUUGUUAGUGCUGGUGGAUUGAAUGUUCUUGUCGAGUUUCUCGAUGAGGAUUAUGAUGAUGCUAGAGAUUUGGUUCUCAUUGGUGUUAAUGGUAUUUGGAAUGUGUUUGAGCUUCAGGUAUGCCAGCAAAUAUAACACUCAAAUGAAUAUACUAACACCGUCAGGGACCAACUCCAAAGAACGACUUCUGUCGUAUCUUCUCAAGAAGCAAGAUUUUAUCUCCAUUAGCACUCGUCCUGGAUCGUGUGCUAGAUGAAGAAGAUGAACUUUCUGAAUUGAUUGAGGGUCGCAUUGUCAACAUAUUCUAUCUUUUUUCGCAAGCAGAAAACUACGUCAAAGAGGUCGUGGCUGACCAUGUAGUACUCAAGCGUAGGUUUUCUCGAUAGUUUGCGUAUGGUCGUUCUAACACUUUUCCAGGAGUUCUCAAAGAUCUGAGACGUAUGACACCCGUGCAUCAGAUAACUAUGCUCAAGUUCAUCAAAAAUUUAUCCAUGCUGUCAACAACCCUCGAGUCACUACAUGCCGCAAAUGCCAUUGAACUUUUGAUUGAUCUACUGAGCUCAAGUAUGAAGCGUACGCCUGAUCAUUUCCGCGAAAUCUCUAACCAAGUUUUGAAUACUAUGUACAACUUAUGUCGACUCAGUAAAGAGCGGCAGGAAGAUGCAGCUUUUAAUGGCAUAAUACCAUUACUUCAACGAAUUAUGAAAACGAAACGACCCCCGAAAGAGUUCGCCCUUCCUAUAUUAUGCGAUAUGGCUCAUUCUGGGAAGGUCGGACGUAAAUAUCUUUGGCAGAACAAAGGAUUACAGUUUUAUGUUUCAUUACUGGAAGACCAAUAUUGGCAGGUGACCGCUUUGGACGCUAUAUUCAUUUGGUAAGUUUAGCAUCCUGUGAGUAAUAAUGAUGCGUACUAAUUCUGAUGUAAAAGGCUCCAAGAAGAGACUGCUAGGGUUGAAAAGGCUUUGAUGGAGGGUAGUUUUACUGCCAUGAUAGUACAAUGUUUUGCUGCACCCAAGGCGAAUGCUUUUGAUUACAACUUACUGGAGCCUUUACAAAAGCUCUUACGAUUAAGUUCGCCUAUUGCCGGUUCUCUUGCUCGGACUGAUCUUUUCACUGGUAUCUUACAAAAGCUUACUCACAAGAAGGCUGUUGUACGAUUAAAUUUGCUACGUAUCGUUCGCAGUAUAUGCGAUGCAAGUGGGGAUGAAGCAGAAAGCAUUAGGCAUCAUGCAUUAUUCGAAGUGAUUCAGCAUCUUGCCGAAAACGACAGCGCUGUGUUAGUAAGGAAUAUGGCAAGCGAGUUAGUCAAGUUCAAUUUGGAUAAAGCUUCGGAAAAUGGAAGUGGUCCAAGGUCUCGGUUGUCUUCUAGGCGUGGAAGUUCCUACACAUCACCUUCGCUUCAACAUAGUGCAUCCACUCCUUUGACUCCGACUCAAGCUAGUCGAAUGUCACAAACGUCAGCAUUCAUUGAUGGAAGUGUUACACCCAAUAGACGCUCGGGUAUGGCGUCAGCGGCGUCUAUUAGCAAUGAAUCCGUUCAUUAUAGACCUAGAACUACAGACGGCACAACUUCUAUGAUGCGGAAAUCGAGUGGCGACUUAGUCAAUGGCGCAUCCAGUAAAAGUCGAUUACCUCGAACUUCACUUCUUCGUGCGUCACGAUCAUCAAUAGCGGCACCGCAACUCAGGGAAGAUCCAUCGCAUUCUAGGAGAGAGAAUAGGGAAAAUGGAGUUAAAAUAAGAGAUAGAGAACGUGAAAGAGAGUCAGCACGAGAGUCAAUACGAGAGCCAAUAAGGGAGCCGUUGAGGGAGCCAAUGAGAGAGUUGACAAGAGAACCAACGAGAGAGUCGAGAGAGUCGACAAGAGAGUUGAUAAGAGAGCCAAUGAGAGAUUCGACAAGAGAGCCAACGAGAGAGUCGAGAGAGUCGACAAGAGAGUUGAUAAGAGAGCCAAUGAGAGAUUCGACAAGAGAGCCAACGAGAGAGUCGAGAGAGUCGACAAGAGAGUUGACGAGAGAGUUGACGAGAGAAUCGACAAGAGAGCCAAUGAGAGAGUCGACAAGAGAGUUGGCAAGAGAGCCGAUAAAACCUACGACUUCAAAUGCACCCGCAGCUCCAGAACAUAAGCUGAUUUCAAGGAGGAGAACAACGAGGCCACCUAGUGGUGAUGUUAAAUGGUCAUGAUAUGAUUAUGAUUAGAAAGCAUGAAAAUAUGUGAUGAGGAAUUCAUGGAUAGGGAAGGGAGGGAAAGGCAAGGCAGACCAUAUGAAUGAAUUCAUGGAGGGAACGGAUAGGUAAAGGGAUUAAUUGCAUUGUCUUUGGAGUAAAUAAAGGAUCAAGGAGGCCUCUAUCGGUCAGUAGGUCUGUAUGUCUACCUUUUUAGUAAGAACUAAACAUGAGUGUUUGCAUAUUUGCGAGGAGUUUAUGGGUUGGGAGGGGGCUGUCAUUGAUAUUGUUUAUAUUGAUACCACAUUGUGGAUGGGAGAGUAGUCGUUUUUAUCCCUUUUAAAUAGGCUAGGGUUGAGAUGAAGAUGAGUUAGAUGAAUAGGGAGGAUUGUGAGAGGAAUUGGGAAUAUAUGAAUACAAGGAAUUAUUUUCUUGUACUAAUUAAGUGAUUUCUAUAAUCCCAAUUGAAUGAUUUAGUGUGGAAAGGCUUUAUCUUUUUGACUAGUUAAAUUUUGUAGGUACAUUUCAAUAGUAAGGUUAAGUCUAGUUUCUAGAAAAUGAAAGUAUA